AUAUAUUCCAGUUCAGCUGCGUGCAAAAACAAUAUUAGUGUGGAGGCAAAAGAGAUGUUAUACAUGCAGAAUAAUUCAUCUUCCUAUAACAUACACCUUCUCCUUGAACCCUUUUUGUAUUCCUUCAAACACAGACAUCUGAGCAAAGUGAAUGAAAGUUGGACUGCUAAAGAAUCAAUCUUUAUGGCCACCCGAGCUAACUAACCACUUGUCUACAUUUGCCCUUUCUUGUGGGCAAUUCUGGCGAGGUGAGGUCCAAGGCUGCUGCUUAAAUAUGCAAAUGCUUCCUUCUGCAUGUCUUGCUGCUUCUGGUUUUUGAGUUUUUUGUGGGAACUGUAGCAAAAGCAGAAGAGGAGAAGAAGAAGCUUAAAUUGGAGUUUUGGGUUCUGUUGCAAGUCAUGGAAACAAGUAGAAAUAACACAAGAGUUUGCAUUGUUUUUCUGUAUUUAACUUUGGCAACUAUUUCCUUCACUCAAUGCGAGGCAAGAAGAUCAAUGAGAUUGCUAAAAGCUAGUCUUCCAAGUCCAACACAGCACCAAAGUCUGCUUCUCAGAGCUGCAAACAAAUUGAACUUAAUCAACCGCAUUGAUUUUCCAUUGGAGGGAUCAAAAGACAUCCAACCAUAUGCUGUGGAUUCACCAUUCACAUUGCCACCUUAUGAUUCUUUACCUCCAAUUUCCAUGCCUGAAAAUGCACCUCCGUACUGUACAACUCCACCCAAUACCCCACAAACUCCCUCUACAACCGUCCCAACGCCUAUUGUGUUAUCACCACCAACUCUCUCAUCACCCUUCGUUUACAUUCCCCCAACCCUUCCUCUCCAAAGUCCACCUCCAAGCCCAACAAGCAUUGUCCCAGGUCCACCACAAUCUAUCUCCACCCCUAAUCCACCGGAAACCGUCCCAAGCCCAACGGGCUUUGUACCCGGCACACCACAAUCCAUCCCCACUCCCAACCCGCCCGAAAGCAUCCCAAGCCCGCCCGAAAGCUUUCCAAGCCCACCGGGCUUUAUACCUAGUCCCACUAUCUACAUCCCAAGCCCACCUUAUUUCGAGCCAAGCCCGCCUUCUUCGGUUCCAUCUCCUUUUGGGUUUCAACCAAGCCCGCCGGUGUUCCUACCUCCCAUUGUGUUCCCUCCGCCCACUACUCCGCCGAUUCCAAGACGAGGCCCGACGGCGGCCCUGUGGUGCGUGGCUAAGCCAUCUGUGCCCGACCCCAUCAUCCAAGAAGCUAUGAAUUAUGCAUGUGGGUCGGGAGCGGACUGCGCUUCCAUCCAACCCAAUGGGUCAUGCUUCAUGCCCGACACAUUGUUUGCCCAUGCUUCCUAUGCCUUCAACAGUUACUGGCAAAGGACUAAGGUUGCUGGUGGCACUUGUUCUUUUGGAGGAACUGCCAUGCUAGUUACUGUUGAUCCAAGUUAUGAUGGAUGUCAAUUUGUUUAUUAUUAAUAUCAAAAUAGACUCGAUCACAAUGACAACGCAUAUCUUUUUUUCUUUCUUUUUCUUUUUCUUUUCAACUUUUCUAUAAGAAAAGUACAAAAUCUCAGAGUAUAUAACCCUCAUUUGAACAAGAAUUUUGUAAGUACAAUGUAGAGAUAACUUCUUGUUCAAUCAUGAAUACAAACUUCAAUAAUUUCUCAUGUUAUAAAUUGUAUUUUUUUCAUAUUUUGUGCAAACUUUGUUAGGUUCAAAGCCAAUGACUCAACUGAUCAUGACAAAUGUGCUUUUGUUAGUGCUAAACAGCUGCAAUCCACUUUUUAAUUAACAUGGAUUAUAUCCUAAGAUUUGGAAACAUCUUUUAGUAUUAUGUUAAUCUUCUAAUGUGGUUGAUCUACUAGGAUAUGACUCCCUAUAUGUUUGGAAUUGUAUAAUCCUUUAUCCAUAUCUAUGGCCACCACUUAAUAAAAAGAAAAACUUCAACCAAUAAAAUUUGACAUAGUGAAACCAAAACAAGUAAUUAAGAUAAAGUUGGGUUAGCAACAUAUUUAUAAAUCACAUCUUAUGAGUUCUUAAUGUAAAGUUUAAAACUUUUCACGAUAAAAAUGAUGUUUGGCGUGCAAAUUGUUUGAC